AUGGCUGCAGUGCUCGUACGCAACGCGAUGCACCAUGCUGUGGCGUUCCUGCAGCACAAGAUCUUUUCUACUCCACCGACACCGGCGCUUAUUCUGGCUCCUUUGAUGCUGAAUGGUGCAUCAUCUGCGCUUUCUUCGAACCCGCUGAUGGACGCGAUCUGGUUGGCUGCCCCCAAGUCAAAGGUGACACCGUCUCGCAAAAGAAUUAGGAACAACCAUCUGAGUAAACGUCUCAAGAACAUUGUACACUUUCAGGACUGCCCUUUGUGUAAUGAGAAGAAAUUACGUCAUCGUCUCUGCAUGAGCUGCUUUAAAAAGGGCAAGUACUUUCACUUACGAUUCACAGUGAUGGACGAUGUCUCCAUUGGGCUUGAGAUGGAGCAUGAGAAUGCGUCGUUUCUGAACGCGUCAGUGUCUACCACAGUAGCAGAAGAAGUGUCGCUUCCAGAUCCAACACUGACACGAGCCUCUGCGAAUUCGUCAAGACUAAAGUCGACCUCAGUCGCAACACCACCGAUUGCAUUUGCUGUAAACGCAGCAGACGAUCAUCUGCGUGUGUCGUACCAUUGUAAAGCCACCAAAUGUUUCCGUCUUCAAUGGGAAUCGGAAAUGAACCCGCGAUGCAAGCGUCAAACUACAAUCGUGAUUAAGGAUGCCGUGUACAUCUUUGAUGGCUUUUAUUUAUUGUGUCAUAGCAAUCCACCCGAGGUCCCACGGUUCGAGUACUCGCGUGGAGGUGUCAUGUGUAAAAUUCACUUUGUUCAAGAAGAGUUGCCGUCGUCUGUACGCGGAGCGACCAGCAACGAGAUGGAUACGGAUGGCAACGAACAGGCACACCGUUCCUUCUGUGACUCGCUGUUCCUGCUUCAACGAUACGUGUUCCAGCAACUACUGGGUAUUCAACCAGCUCACUUGUUUGGAACCGUCUUUACAGACUUAGAUCAUGCUACAGGAGACGUGUCCGAGAUUUGUGGCGACUACCAUUUGGUACCGCGGUUUAUUGCCGUGCAUGAAAAACCAUUGCUGCAUGUUGAAGACUUGCAUUCACCUAACCGUGUGGGUUAUGCGGUGGGCCGGUUGUUAUCGGUGCAGAAGAUACUGGAAUAUCUCGAAACCAGCGCGAAAUUUACCGUGCGCGACUUCUUUAUGCAGUUCGACCACCGACAGCUAAUUGGCUGCAUCGUUUCCACUCGCAUUAACGGAAAACCGAGCGUUUUUCGUAUUGACGAACUACUGAUGGAUGAAGUCGACGGGAUUGAAGACGGCAAAUUCCCUGUCGAGAAUCGUGGUGUUGUUACGAAAGAUGGACGGUAUCUGGUGCACGCGAUUGCUCACCACAGCCAAGGCGCUUGCAACUACGAUGGUGCCAAGUCGAAAAAGAGAACUCGCAAGUGGCAGGAACAAGGGCAAUUUCUACAGCUAUCACCGGAGGUCGAGCCUCUUUCCGAAACGAUGCUGCCAGCGGAAUGCCAUCUUACGGGUAUUCGCACAGAUCUCUUUGAGGUGGGUAGCGCAAUGCCCAUGGUGCUGAAGUAUGUACGCCACUUUGAAUUGCUUACGAGUUUUGAAAAGACGGUGGGAAUAAAAUUCAAGGACAAGGCACUGUUACGCCAAGCUUUCACCCAUGGAUCAUACAUUGACGUAGGCAUGCAAAAUGUCAACACAGUUGAGGCCACUCGGUCACGCGUUCGGCUUGGGCACGUAUUUGAAAAUGUUGCCUCCCUCAAAAGAUCGCGCAGUGUACUGCUUAAUGGAGAUUCGCUACUGUCUGCCAAGGUACCAGGAAAUAAUGCCGCACAGUUGAGGCAGGUCGCAGAAAAGCACUUGUCUGGAGAUUUCAAAGAGGAAUUUCACUCCCGGUAUUUAUGUCCAUAUGAACGCUUAGAAUUUCUGGGAGACGCCGUUCUUGGCUUCCUUGUGGCCUCAUCAGCUUUUUUGAAGUUGCCAAACGCCGAUGAAGGAUUCCUUCAUCAGACGCGCGUUGACAUUGUGAAUAAUAGUAACCUUGGCAAAAUGGCAAAAACUGCCAACUUCGAGUCGUUGCUGUUAAGCGCAUUCGAUCUAGCGAAAUUGAAUGAAGAGUUAAAGGCAAAAAUCACGGCGGACUGCUUUGAAGCGCUUCUUGGUGCGCUCUUCAAGGACCAGGGUAUUGCAUCGUGCCGUGCACUGCUGGGCACGCUUAUGGAUUUACACGACCCUGAGUUGCGCGAGUUGUGUUACCUUUCAACGGAGGAACUAAUUGAAGAGGCAAAAGCAUUCGUGGAGAAAGACCGAAGUGCUAUUAAGAAGUGGAGUAAGUACACGCACACGAGGCUGCUGCAUCGUCGCUUUGGCGCUCGUUCAGGAGUGGAGAUCGCCAACACGCAUUUGUGGUUGCAUGCUUUCACGCAUGCAUCGUUCCAAAAGCCUCAAAUCAAUGAUGACGAAUUUAUUGGGCACGACCCAAGCUAUGAGCGCAUCGAGUUUCUUGGUGACGCUGUGCUGCAGCUGCUGUCAUCCGAGUUCCUUGUUGAUGCUUUUCCGUACCACCAGGAACAUCUUCUCACGCAAGUGCGAUCAUCGCUUGUGAAAAACACGAAGCUGGCGAUCGUUGCGCGUAAGGCCGGAUACGAGGAGUUUAUUCGUUUGGGAAACGAGGUCAAGAAGAACGGGAACUUGUAUGUUGAAGACGUGCUAGCCGAUGUGUUUGAGGCUACUCUUGGUGCAGUGUACCUGGAAAACCCGGGCGAUUUACAAAAAGUUCGUUCAAUUCUAGACCAACUGCUUUUUCCGCGGCUCACAGAGGCCAUCCGACGUCGCCAGUGGAUGAACCCGCGCAAGGUCUUCAUGUAUUACAUUACUCAGUGGGGUAACUCAAGUUCGCGGCGGGUUCCGUGUCAGUUUAAGAACAUCAAAGUACCCGGUAUAGCCACUGAAGCAGGCGUCUUGGUGCCCAAAUGCAAAGAUGGCGAUGCGAACAAGAGCAGUAAAAGGAAAAAAGCUAACUCAAAUGCCCCUCCUGGACACGCAGUGGCUCUGUACGUGAACAACUUCCAGGUAGCUCGUGCGGUUGGGCGUACCAUUGCUGCAGCUCAAGACGCAGCCUGCAAGAAGGCUUUAACGCUGUACGGCGUCAAGCUAUACGACGACUAA